AUGGCUGUUUCGCAAGGCCAGGCAGCCGAGCACCGGCCGAUUCCCCAGCCCGCGGAGCGUUUCUUGACCAGUAACCUCACCGAUAUCCACUUCACCGAGAGCCUUCCCGACCUGGUCCGGCUCAGCGCGAUUUACGGCCCUAUUUACCAGCUUCAUCUGCUCGACCAGCACACCGUCUUCCUUUCCAGUCAUGAGCAAGUCGACCACGCCUGUGAUGGGGGCAAGUUCGAGAAAGCCUUUGGAGAUGCGCCGAUCUGGAGUCUCGCUCAUCGCAUCCUAUUUCCUGCCAUUGGACCGCUGGCCAUCCGCAAGAUGCAGCCCAUGAUGGUGGACGUCAUCAGUCAGAUGCUUCUCCAUUGGGAGCACCAUGCUGGUCAGCCGUUCGAGGCUGCAGAGCAGUACACCAAUCUUACCUUUGACACAAUCGCGUGGUGCACCUUCAAGUACCGCUUCAACAGCUUCCAUUCGGCCACCCCACACCCAUUCAUCAGCACAAUGGCCUCCUUGCUCAAAGAAUCUAGCGCGCGUGCCAAACGCCCGGGCAUUCUCAAGAAGCUGAUGUUCAUGAGCGACGCCGAGUAUACUCGCAACAUCCAAGCCUUGCUCAAGCAGUGCGACGAAAUCAUUGAGGCCAGAUGCAAGUACCCAGACCCUGAUGCGCAUGACUCGCUCAACAACAUGUUCUUGGACCGUGACCCUUCGACGGGAGAAGCUUUGUCUGACGAGAACAUCCGUUAUCAAAUGGUUACCUUUUUGAUCACCGGCCAUGAGACCACCUCUGGCUUGCUCUCCUUCGCGACUUACUUUAUGCUCAAGAACCCGGUCAUUUUACGCAAAGCACGCGAGGAGGCGGAAAACGUGAUUGGCGAAUCGGGUGGCGACAUGAUGAAGAUGAACGCAAACAAGCUCAAAUAUAUUGACGCCAUUCUCAAGGAGACCCUCCGCCU